AACAUUCCAUUCAUUCAUACGUACAUUCACACACCAACAAACCUUCGAUCAAACCUCAAACUCCUUCAUUUCUGUUUUUCUGCUCUCUCAAUCCCACACAGAAGAAAGAAACACACCCACGUAUACAUAGAGAGAAUCAAAGGCUUUCUAUGAGUAUGGGUACCCUUCAAAGUUGGAGAAAAGCCUACGGCGCCCUCAAAGACACCACCAAAGUGGGUCUCGCUCAUGUCAACAGCGAUUAUGCGGAUUUGGACGUUGCCGUAGUCAAAGCCACCAACCACGUCGAAUGUCCUCCCAAGGAGAGACACCUUAGAAAAAUUCUGUUUGCAACUUCUGCUGUACGGCCUAGAGCGGAUGUUGCUUACUGCAUUCAUGCACUUGCACGUCGAUUGGCGAAGACGCGAAACUGGACGGUGGCGUUGAAAACAUUGAUAGUCAUUCAUAGGUUAUUGAGGGAGGGUGAUCCUACUUUUAGGGAAGAACUUCUUAAUUUCUCACUGAGAGGGCGCAUACUCCAACUUUCUAAUUUCAAAGAUGAUUCAAGCGCAAUAGCCUGGGAUUGUUCUGCCUGGGUACGUACUUAUGCAUUAUAUUUGGAAGAAAGACUUGAAUGUUUCCGGAUUCUGAAGUAUGAUAUUGAAGCUGAGCGUCUACCUAAGCCUGUUCCAGGGCAGGACAAGGGGUACAGCAGGACCAGUGAUUUAAAUAGUGAGGAGCUAUUGGAACAACUGCCUGCUUUGCAGCAGCUGCUCUAUCGUCUUGUUGGUUGUCGGCCAGAAGGAGCAGCUUUUAGCAACUUUGUGAUACAAUAUGCCCUGGCUCUGGUUCUAAAAGAGAGCUUUAAAGUUUAUUGUGCUAUUAAUGACGGCAUUAUCAAUCUUGUUGAUAAGUUUUUUGAGAUGCCCAGACAUGAAGCUAUAAAAGCUCUUGAUGUCUAUAAACGUGCAGGUCAGCAGGCGGGAAGUCUCUCUGAUUUCUUUCAAAUAUGCAAAGGGUUGGAACUUGCUAGGAAUUUUCAGUUUCCUGUUUUAAGAGAGCCUCCACAAUCUUUUCUCAUAACCAUGGAAGACUACAUAAAGGAGGCACCACGAGUGGUUACAGUUCCAAGUGAGCCAUUGUUGCAGUUGACUUACAGACCGGAAGAAGAUGUUCCCACAAUCGAAGACAUAAAAUUAUCUGAAGAACAGGAGCCAUCAGUUGCUGUUGAUGAUGAUGUUAUCUCAAAUUCUGAACCUGCUCCUCUUCCUGCACCAUCUCACAAUUUUGAAACUAGAGACUUACUGGGGUUGAAUGACAGUACAUCUAAUGCGUCAUUGAUUGAAGAAAGAAAUGCCCUUGCCCUAGCCAUAGUCCCCACCGAAAUUGGCACUACAUCAGCUUUUGAUUCUAGUGCUGUCCAGACCAAAGAUUUUGAUCCAACCGGUUGGGAGCUUGCGCUGGUCUCCACUCCAAGUGCCAACAUUUCGGCAGUCAAUGAGAGACAAUUGGCUGGUGGAUUGGAUUCUCUCACGCUAAACAGCUUAUACGAUGAAGGAGCAUAUAGAUCUGCACAGCAACCAGUAUAUGGAGUACCAGCCCCAAAUCCAUUUGAAGUGCAGGAUCCAUUUGCUAUAUCAAGUAGCAUCCCUCCCCCACAACACUUACAAAUGGCAGCAAUGGCUCAACCGCAAGUUAAUCCAUUCGGUCCAUACCAACCAUAUCAGCCACAACAGCAGCACAUGUUCAUGAACCCAACAAAUCCCUUCGGGGAUACAGGAUUCGGGGCGUUUCCUGUGAAUCCCAUUUCACACCCACAUAAUAACAAUCCAUUUGGAAGCAAUGGCUUGUUAUAGGAAACCUAUCUGGAGACAAUCUAUUUUGAUGAACCAAGCUGGUUUUUGUUGCUAGAUAGAUCAUUUCUGGAAUGUGCCAUAUAGGAACACCAUUUUAUAAUAUUUACAUAUACAGAAUGGUGGGAUUCUAUUUUUUCUCUGAAUAUAUCUCCACUCCCAAAUUCGUAUAUGCAUAUAUUACACAAUGUUCACACAUAUAUAGCACUUGAAUAAUGUGCCAUGUCACCGACAGUGGCCACGAAAGAAUCUCCUUUUUACAUUUUUGUCGGGUACUAGAAAAUUGAAGUGGAGCAAUGUGGGCUAAUAAUAAACAUUUGAACCCCGUUAUGGAUGUAUCGUCUGUUAAAUUUGAUGAUUGUCAUGAAGUCUCCUGAUAGUUCU